AUGAAGCAAAAAAAACAUAAAGCAUAUAGAGAGAGUUAAGAAGGUAAGGUGAGUGAUUUGAUAAAGAAACUUGAGAGUAAUUUGAAAGUGAAUGAAAAGAUAAACAGUAUGAUUCUGAAAUUAGAUAAACUAAAGCAGUAACUCACUACUCAACCAUAGCCUUAACAAAAUCUAAAGGAAACAAUUGCAUAAUACGAGAUUGCUAUAUGUAAUUACGAAGAAGAGAGAAGAAUAUAAAAUCUUACAUAAGAAGAAAGACAGAGGAUAUUAGAUAACAUUAGAGUUGUGAUUAAUUCGAUUGAACCUUUACCUGCCCACAAUCAGAAUGAAAAGCAAAUUCAUAAAGAUUUAAAGAAUCUAAAUAGAAUAGAAGAACAUUUUUUGAUAUUAAGAACAAAGUCAACUGAUGAAUCAUUCAUAGUUGAAUCCUCAAAGAUCAUAUGUUAAGUUGUUGAAAAGAAAAAUAAAAUAAUUAUGAUGAUCGAUAAGACAGAAGAGGACAACUAAGGAGUGACUAAUAAAUUGCAAUAAUUGAAGAUUCAGCAUGAUGAUUCAUAAGCUGAGACACCCACAAUGCUACCUGAUGAAAUGCAGAAUUUUGGUUUAAUAAAAGAUGAAUAGUCUUAAAGAAAGUCAAAAUAAUCAUUAUAAUUUAUUGGAGAAAUAUAACAGUAAUCGGAGAAGAAUUUGAAUUAGUUUGAAACUCCCACAGCUGGUGGAGAUUCUGAGUUAAGUGAUGUUAAGUUAACUGAUAAUAGCAUUGAGGGUAAAUAAACUGCCGAAUAAUCAACAAAUGAAAAUUAAUUUAAAUAAGAAUAUAUCUGCGAAGGAGAAAAAUGUUAAAUAUGCUUCGCAAAGAAAAGAAGAUAUGUGGCUAUUCCUUGUGGACAUUAUAUUUAUUGCGAGGUCUGUAAAUUAUUGGUUGAAUAAAAAAUGAAAUGCUUACUUUGCCGACAAACUGUGUGUCAAAUGUUUGAAGUUUAUGCAUGA